AGUGCUGACUCAGUAUAACUGACUAACUAAUCGCCUAACUUGCGCGCGAUCAUGUCCCAGAAAUCCAUCGAUUUGGGCUUGGGUGUCCGAAACGUCAAGGAGAAAUCUUCGGAAUACAUAGUGGAGAAGUUUCUAGGAAAGCGCUAUCUGCGUGGACGCCCUCAGUAUCUGACCAAGUGGGAGGGCUAUCCCAUAGAGCAGUGCACUUGGGAGCCCCUGGAGAACUUGGGCAAGUGCAUGACGCUGAUUGCGGAUUACGAGGCCGAACUAUUCCAGCAGAGCCGGGAGAAAAAGAAUGACCAAUGACAAAAAAAAGAUUUUAAUAAAAAUUAUUGCUUACAAAUAAAAGCUUAAUAGAUCGUGUUCCCAUU